AAGACAGCAGGGACAGAAGGAAUAGACAGAGAGACAGGGACAGAGAUAGCUACCUAGAUACACUGUAGGUAGGCUGUGGAAGGGGGCAUAUUUUUGGUCUAUAUCUACAUUUUCAGUCACUUUUCUAAAUGAGACACUGAAGGAUGUUGAUGAUCAGUUUCUAGACCUGGGUACCUCUGCCGGGACAGGAUCAGUUUGACAUGUCGCUGAUACUGACUGUGUUAGACAAGUUGACGUACUUCCUGUCUUUAAUUACGUUUUGCAUCAGUGUAUCUCAUGGCUGGUUGAAAUGAGACUAGAUCAUUCCUUUAAUCUUCAUUUGGGGCCUGAGAAUUAUAUGGUAUCAGUUUAUCUCAUGGCUGGUUGAAAUGAGACUAGAUCAUUCCUUUAAUCUUCAUUUGGGGCCUGAGAAUUAUAUGGUAUCAGUGUAUCUCAUGGUUGGUUGAAAUGAGACUAGAUCAUUCCUUUAAUCUUCAUUUGGGGCCUGAGAAUUACAUGGUGUCAGGGGAUCCAAUGGGCUAUUGCUAAUUUCUGAGUUCAAUCCAUUCUGUAGAGACUCCCGUGUGAGUUCAUUAGCUUUUAUCCACAGACGUGGGAUACCUGUCACCUCUGUCUGUGACCGGAGACAGUGAGCCACCUGUGAGAGAUCAACACCAUGUCCCUACAGCGGACGCUGAAGCUGCUCUAUGCGCUGGUGCUGUGUGUGUCCGCCAACGAAGACUUCGACUGGACCAAGAAUGAACGUGGAUCAUUCUACUACGGCACUUUCCCAACUGGGUUUUCCUGGGGGGCUGGGGGCUCUGCGUACCAGACAGAAGGAGCCUGGGACAAGGAUGGCAAAGGGAUGAGCAUCUGGGACGUGUUCGCCCACAAGAAGGGAAAGAUCUUCCUCAACGACACCGCAGACCACUCCUGCGAAGGAUACUACAAGUUCAAGGAUGACAUCACCUUGAUGAAGGACAUGAAGUUUAACCACUACCGUUUCUCCAUCUCCUGGCCAAGGAUAUUUCCCACCGGAAUCAAAGCUGAUCACAUCAAUGAGAAGGGAAUGAAAUACUAUGAUGACCUGAUCAACAUGCUCCUGGACAAUAACAUCACACCAAUAGUCACCCUGUACCACUGGGAUCUGCCACAGGUCUUACAGGAGAAGUACGGUGGAUGGCAGAACGCCAGCAUGGUGAACUAUUUCAACGACUUUGCCAACUUAUGCUUUGAGCGGUUUGGUGACAGAGUCAAAUACUGGAUCACCUUCAACAACCCCUGGUCUAGUGCUGUGGAGGGCUAUGAGACUGGAGAACAUGCACCUGGACUGAAGCUGAGGGGCACUGGGGCCUACAAAGCUGCCCACCACAUUAUCAAGGCACAUGCUAAGGUUUGGCACACCUAUGACACUCAAUGGAGAAGCAAACAGAAAGGCUUGGUUGGGAUCUCGUUGUUGGCAGACUGGGGGGAGCCAGUGGACAUCACCAACCAGAGAGACAUCGAGGCAGCAGAGAGAUAUGUCCAGUUCUACAUGGGCUGGUUCGCUACACCCAUCUUCAACGGGGACUACCCUCAGGUCAUGAAAGACUACAUAGGUAGGAAGAGUGCCCAGCAGGGUCUCGGAACCUCCCGUCUCCCCGUCUUCUCUUCCCAGGAGAAGAGUUACAUCAAGGGCACCUGUGACUUCCUGGGUAUUGGCCACUUCACCACGCGCUAUAUCACCCAGAAGAACUACCCGUCUGGCCGUGGGAACAACUACUUCACCGACCGUGACCUGGUGGAGCUGGUGGACCCUCGCUGGCCCGACCCCGGCUCCGAGUGGCUCUACUCUGUCCCCUGGGGAUUCAGACGCCUGCUCAACUUCGUCAAGACCCAGUAUGGGAACCCCCUGAUCUACGUGACAGAGAACGGAGUAUCAGAGAAGGUACAGAGGUGCACAGACCUGUGUGAUGAAUGGAGGAUGCAGUACUUCAAGGAUUACAUCAAUGAGAUGCUCAAGGCCCUUAAGGACGGCGUGAACGUGAAGGGUUACACAGCCUGGUCGCUGCUGGACAAGUUUGAGUGGGACGAAGGCUUCUCUGAGAGGUUUGGCCUGUUCUACGUGGACUUCCUCAACAAGAAUAAACCACGUUACCCAAAAGCCUCUGUUCAGUACUACAAACGCAUCAUUAGCUCCAAUGGAUUCCCCAACCAGAGAGAGGUGGAGAGUUGGAGAAGGAAAGCCACAGAGACGUGCUCCUCCAGUAACCAGCUUCUAGCUGCAGCUAGAAGAAAGUCCCAGCAGGACAGUAAGGAACAGGCAGGGAUGCCAAAGGUUUGGCCAGUGCAUGAUGAAGUUUAGAUCCGUUGACCAGCCACAUGGAGAUGGUAACAGAGAUCGUGGUUCCUACAGUGUGUACUCUCUGUAUUCUCCUGGCUGCUGUCUUCCUCAUGUUCCUGCUGCGUGGACGCUUCUAGAACACUGCUGUCUUCCUCAUGUUCCUGCUGCGUGGACGCUUCUAGAACACUGCUGUCUUCCUCAUGUUCCUGCUGCGUGGACGCUUCUAGAACACUGCUGUCUUCCUCAUGUUCCUGCUGCGUGGACGCUUCUAGAACACUGCUGUCUUCCUCAUGUUCCUGCUGCGUGGACGCUUCUAGAACACUGCUGUCUUCCUCAUGUUCCUGCUGCGUGGACAAUGAUAGCUGUAUUUUUUAUUACCCACAGUUCAUCUCUUUUAUAUACAUAUUGCAACAGAUACAAACCUGGACACCGGACACAUUUUAAAAUGGAACGAUAGCUAUUCCAUGUUAAUAAAGUGUUAGCAUGCAUUAUUAUCUGUAUCUUGAAAAUCUAAUUAAAUUGCAAUAAAGAUU